GACUGUAAAUGAAAGUGAAAGCGAUUUAAACCUGGAGUUGCCAUUUUGUCAGAAAACAAGAAUAUGAUUCGGGAAAAAUAAAAAGAUAUUUUUAUUGCCAGAUGCGCACAUGGAGUGCAGACAAGGUGGGAGUGGAAGAGCAGGAUCCGAUGUUCUGACAGGUUGUGCUCCCUUGUCGAAACAUGCUACUCUAACAUACAUCGACGACUGCGUGGUUCGACCGAACACCGAGGCCCCAGCAGAAAUCAACUGGUCUGGAUCAGCACAAAAAUGGGAAAGAAGAGAGGAAAAAGAAGAGCUGCUUCUGAAAUGCGCCCCCCUGUGGGGUGUAACAGAAAGAGCCCUGAGAGUGUCCUGAUGGAGAGAGCAGACUCCCCUGUACCCAGCUGUGUUUCCAUGAAGAGUGACAGGUCAAUGCAUCAUCCACUCGCCUUCAGAGAGGGACCUUUUCCUACAGAUCAAAGAGACCAAAUGGAAGAUUGCAGUUCAGAUCUACGUGAUAAGUCAGGUUUAUCAUCCAUAUUGAAGUCACUAGAGGAAAAAGCCAUGAAGUUCCUAAAGGAGGAACUGAAGACGUUUGUGAGGUACCUAGAUCAGAAUUACCCAGAAUGCUCUGAGCCUCAGCUGGAGGAGGACAAUGACCUGGACUGUGAUGGUCAGAUGCAGAAGACCAGUGUUAGAGAGGUAGCUCUGAAGAUCACACUGUACAUCCUGAGGACCAUGAAGCAAAAUGAUCUUGCUGACCUGCUGGAGAAGAGACAGCUCAUGCUGCAAUAUCAGCAGAAAAUCAAAUGUAAACUUAAGAAGCAAUUUGAGUGUGUAUUUGAAGGGAAAGCUAAGGAAGGACAGCCAACACUUCUCAGUGAGAUUUACACAGAACUCUACAUAACUGAAGGUGGGACUGGAGCAGUAAAUGAGGAACACGAAGUAAGACAGAUUGAAAUAGCAUCCAAGAAAAGGCGAACAGAAGAUACUACAGUCAAGUGCAAUGAUAUAUUUAAACCCUUAUAUGGGCGUGUGACACCUAUCAGAACUGUACUCACUAAAGGGGUGGCAGGUAUCGGGAAAACAGUCUCUGUGCAGAAAUUUAUUCUCGACUGGGCAGAAGGAAAAGCAAACCAGGAUGUUCACUUCAUAUUUGCUCUUCCUUUCCGGGACCUGAAUUUGAUUAAGGGUGAAUACAGUCUGAUUGAACUGCUUCACCACUUUGUCCCAGAUCUGAAAUCACUUCAGUCCACUGAACCGUUUAGGAACAAAGUCUUGUUCAUCUUUGAUGGCCUGGAUGAGUGUCGCCUUCCUCUGGAUUUUCAGAACAAUGAGAGCUGGUUUGAUGUAACAAAGAAAACGUCACUGGAUGUGCUGUUGACUAACCUCAUUAAGGGGAAUCUGCUCCCAUCCGCUCUCCUCUGGAUAACCUCCCGGCCAGCAGCAGCCAAUCAGAUACCUGCUAAGUGUGUCCACCAGGUGACAGAGAUACGAGGGUUUAGUGAUACCCAGAAGGAGGAGUAUUUCAAGAAGAGAUUUAAUGAUCAGAGCCUGGCCAGCAGGAUUAUCACACAUGUGAAAUCAUCAAGAAGCCUCUUCAUCAUGUGCCACAUACCUGUGUUCUGCUGGAUUUCAGCCACUGUGCUUAAGACGUUUUUUAGUGAGACUGACAAGAGAGAAAUUCCAAGGACUCUGACUGAAAUGUACACACACUUCCUGAUCUUUCAGACAAGUUUAAAAAAUGACAAGUAUAUGAAAAACCAUGAAACUAACCUUAAGGAAUACAGCAAGGAAUUCCUUUUAAAACUUGGUAAACUUGCUUUUGACAACCUUGAGAAAGGCAAUCUCAUAUUUUAUGAACAAGAUCUGUCAGAGAAUGGCAUUGAUGUCACUGAAACUUCAGUUUACUCUGGAGUCUGCACAGAAGUCUUUAAAGAGGAGUAUGGGUUGUACCAGGAGAAGGUGUACUGCUUUGUGCAUCUGAGCAUCCAGGAGUAUCUUGCUGCUUUAUAUGAGUUUCUGUCAAACUCAUCAGCUGACCUGCUGAAGACUGCAGUGGAUCAGGCAUUAGAGAGCAAGAAUGGACACUUGGACCUCUACCUCCGCUUCCUCCUGGGCCUCUCAACAGACUCCAGUAAGACUCUGUUACAAAAGCUACUGGGGCCAACAGGAAUCAGCUCACAUACCAUUAUGGAAACAGCCCAAUACAUCCAUCCAUCCAUUUUCCAAACUCUUCAUCCGUUAGGGUCACGGGGAGUCCAGAGCCUAUCCCAGAAGCAAUGGGCACGAGGCAGGGAACAACCCAGGACGGGGGGCCAGCCCAUCACAGCUGCCCAAUACAUCCAUCCAUCCAUUUUCCAAACUCUUCAUCCGUUAGGGUCACGGGGAGUCCAGAGUCUAUCCCAGAAGCAAUGGGCACGAGGCAGGGAACAACCCAGGACGGGGGGCCAGCCCAUCACAGCUGCCCAAUACAUCAAGGAGAAAAUAAAGAAGAAUUUAUCUCCAGAAAGGACCAUCAACCUGUUCCAUUGUCUGAAUGAACUUGGUGACAAUUCUCUAGUAGAGGAAGUACAAAGACACCUGAAUUCAGGAAACAUUUCAGCAGAUGACCUCUCACCUGCACAGUACUCAGCUCUGGCCUUUGUGAUGCUGAUGUCAGAUGAGGAUCUGCAUGUGUUUGAUCUGAAGAAAUACAUCAGAUCGGAUAAACAGCACUGCAGGCUGCUGCCUGUGGUCAAGAACUCCAGGACGGCUCUGCUGAAGAGCUGUGAUCUCAUAGAUAAACACUGUGAAGUGCUGUCUUCAGCUCUCAGAUCAAACUCUUCCCCCCUGAGAGAGCUGAACCUGAGUGACAAUAACCUGAAGGAUUCAGGAGUGAAGCUGCUCUCUGUUGCACUGGGGAAUUUACACUGUAAACUGGAGAUAUUGAGGCUGUCAGACUGUAGAGUCACAGAAGAAGGCUGUUCUUCCCUGGCUUCAGCUCUGAGGUCAAACCCCUCACACCUGAGAGAGCUGGACCUGAGCUACAAUCACCCAGGAGAUUCAGAAGUGAAGCUGCUCUCUGCUGUACUGGAGGAUCCCAGCUGUAAACUGGAGAAGCUGCAGGUGGGCCAGUGCAAACUCACAGAGAAAUGCUGUGAGGCAUUGGCUUCAGCUCUCAGAUCAAACUCCUCAUCCCUGAGAGAGCUGGACCUGAGUGACAAUGACCUGCAGGACUCGGGAAUGAAGCUGCUCUCUGCUGGACUGGGGGACUUACACUGUAAACUGGAGAUACUGAGGUUGUCAGGCUGUAGAGUCACAGAAGAAGGCUGUUCUUCCCUGGCUUCAGCUCUGAGGUCAAACCCCUCACACCUGAGAGAGCUGGAUCUGAGCUACAAUCACCCAGGAGACUCAGGAGUGAAGCUGCUCUCUGCUGUACUGGAGGAUCCCAGCUGUAAACUGGAGAAGCUGAAUGUGGAUCACGGUGGAGAGUGCAGGACCAGACCAGGCUUACAGAAAUACUCCUGCCAAUUGAUGCUGGACCCCAACACAGCAAACAGACUCCUGACUCUGUCAGGGGGGAACAGGAAGGUGACAGGGGGGGCAGAGCAGCCAUAUCCUGAUCAUCCAGAGAGAUUUGACAGCUGGAACCAAGUUCUGUGCAGAGAGAGUCUGACUGGCCGCUGUUACUGGGAGGCUGAGUGGGAUGGAGUUGCAGUCCUGAUAGGAGUGACUUAUAAAGGGAUCGGGAGGAAAGGAUGGAGUGACUGUUGGCUUGGAUACAAUGACAAGUCAUGGAGUCUGUACUGUGAUACUGACAGUUACUCUGUUUGGCACAAUAAUAAAGAGACUCUCAUACCCAUAGAGCCCUCAGGCUCCUGCAGAGUAGGAGUGUAUCUGGACUGGGGGGCUGGUGCUCUGUCCUUCUACAGAGUCUCCUCUGAUGGACUGACCCCCCUGCACAGAUUCACCUCCUCAUUCACUGAGUCCCUCUGUCCAGGGUUUGGGGUUUUUAACUCCUCAGUGUCUGUGAUGGCUCCAGCCACACAGUAAGACCUGGGGUUAGUAUUUGUGUAUGGUUUCUGCAUUAUAGCUAAGACCUAUGAAUUAUUGUAUUGUCUUUGGGAUUAGGUGUAGUGUAUGUGGGUAUAUAUUAUUGUAGGGUUGUGUGUGUGUGUGUGUGUGUGUGUGUGUGUGUGUAGUGAUUGUUUAAUCUUUUGGGUUGUAAUUACUUUGCUUGUGGGGGAUGGUCUUAUUCAGUAUAAAGGUGUGGCUUAAAGGACAACCCCUGGAAUUGGCACGAACCAUGUGCUGCCAUGGCAAGAGGGGGAAUUGGGGGUUUAGUUCUAUUUUGCAUUGGUUAGUUAUAUGUAGUGCUCAUUUGGUUUAUCCCUUUUGUGUGUGAAUUGGUUUGGCCAAACCGGUAUAUAUGUUCCCUCAUGUUUCCUUAUAGAGAAGGUCAGUUUUGCUUCAAUUACUGUUUUGCUUUGUAAGGUUAUGUUUCGUUGACCUCUUUUAUGGGCCCAAUAAUUAAGGUUUUGAGUUUGUUAUUGUUUGUAUUUUGGGGGUCAAUAAAGCCCUAUUUCUUUAA